GUUUCUCUCUCUUUCUCUUGACUGUUUGGAAAGUUUAUUGAGAGCUCGUCGAGUUUUCUUCUUCUCGAAGAGUCGCCGCCUCUGCGUCCCUCCGAUCAGACCAAGUAGGAAUCUUCCUGUAGCUGCUGCUGCUGCGCUGUGCUUUCAGUUCCUCGAGCUCACAGCUUGGAUCGAUGCGGUUGUAGCAUUGAUUGAGCUUCUCGGUUGUUCGUGCUUCGGCGGCGGUUGACAUCAAGAUCUGGUUCUUUGAAUGUGCCGUCAGCUGACUUUGAUAGGAUAGGAAAAACAGAAAGGACAUAGAGUGAAAUGCUGGGCAAGAUGGUGGGCAGAAAUGAUAAUUUCCCUGGUGGGUAUUACCGGAACACAUUGAAUGCCGCCGGAGAAUCAGAAGGAUCUGGUAGUUCUGGGCGAAUUGAUGCAGAGUUUACGGCUUCCGAGGAUUCGAGUGGUCCUGCGAGGAAGUGCAUAAGUUUAAAUUCUGACAAAGGAGCCAUCUUCUUCGUCCCCUCUGAAGUCCUUCCCAUGGCCAAUAUGACAAAUUUAGAAAGAAAAUCCUUGAUACAUAGGUUAAAAAUGGAGCUUGAACGGAUACGGAUCCUUCAGAAGAAACUUGAGUUACAGAGAAGCAGUGCUGUUGCAGUGUCAUCAUCUAGUGACAUUCUUAGCUGUAGUAAUGGGCGGCCGCAACCCGAUGCUAUGAGGAAGUCAUCUGCUUCGGCCUCUGGUAAGGAGAAGAAGGUUAAAUCUCUCGGGGGAAAGGGACAACCAUGGAAUCGGUGUGCUUUGGCGAAGGUUGAGCCUGUCAAGGAGGCACCUACACCUAGGGCUGCUGAUGCUCUUUUGAUGAAUCAAUGUGAGGCCCUUUUGAAACGGUUAAUGUCCCACCAGCACGGGUGGGUAUUCAACAAACCUGUUGAUGUAAAGGCUUUAAAUAUUCCUGAUUAUUUCACUGUAAUUAAGCACCCUAUGGACUUGGGGACGAUAAAGGGUAAGAUCAGCUCAGGUUCGUACUCAAGCCCACUUGAAUUUGUUGCUGAUGUGAGGCUUACCUUCACCAAUGCGAUGACCUAUAAUCCACCUGGUAAUGAUGUCCACAUCAUGGCAGAUACUCUCAGAAAAUUUUUUGAAGUGAGAUGGAAAACAAUAGAAAAAAAAAUAGUGGUGGCCGAUUCCCAAUCUCUACCAGCAAAAUCAGUCCCUUCAAAGGAGAAAGAAACAGCCAAGCCACUGCCUCCUGCAAAGAAAAGGAAGAUAUCUUCCAUUCAGUAUGAAGUUGUGCCAGAGCCUAUAAAGCCAGUAAUGCCAGAUGAGGAGAAGCAUAAACUAGGCCGACAGCUGGAAAGUAUAAUGGGAGACAUGCCCGAAAAUAUCAUUGAUUUCUUGAGGGAGAAUAGUUCGAAUGGGCAAGAAUGUGGGGAAGAGGAGAUUGAGAUUGAUAUUGAUGACCUCAGCAAUGACACUCUGUUCACUCUGAGGAAGCUAGUAGAUGAGUAUUUGCAAGAAAAGCAGAAGAGUCAAGCUAGGGACGAGCAAUGUGAAAUAGAGAUAUUGAAUGAGUCAGGCUUCAGCAACUCAUCUAUGCAACCAAGUAAAGUGAAUGGUGAUGAAGAUGUGGAUAUUGGAGGAAAUGAACCUCCUGUAUCAAGCUAUCCACAGGUCGAGAAAGAAAAUACAAGCCAGAGAGUAAAUAUCGGUACCAGUGAAGAUGGAUCCAGUGAUUCUGACUUGAGCAAUUCUUCGGAUAGUGAAUCUGAUCAUGGUAAAGCUUCAACUCCCAAAAAUGCACAAAAAAAAACUGUAGAUUCCGACAUUCAAAUGGAUGAAAAGCGAAGUCCCGGCAGCCCCCCUGAUGUAAAUCAACCUAUUAGCGGGUUGGACCAACUUGGCCAAGCCUCCCAGCAGAAACCAAGUUCUCUUGAAUCUGUUAAUAGUCAAGAUGGGGAAAGUGUUCCCAAUGAGAGACAGGUGUCUCCAGGGAAGCUACACCGAGCAGCUCUGUUGAGCAGAUUUGCUGAUACAAUCUUGAAGGCUCGAGAAAAGACACUUCCUCAGGGUGACAAAGGGGACCCAGAAAAUCUGCGCCGGGAGAGGGAGGAGCUUGAGAUGCAGCGAAGAAAGGAAAAAGCACGUCUCCAAGCAGAAGCCAAAGCCGCAGAAGAUGCGAGAAGGAAAUUAGAAGCUGAAGCUCUUGCUGAGGCUAAACGAAAGAGGGAGCUCGAGAGAGAAGCUGCCCGACAGGCCUUAUUGCAGAUGGAAAAGACAGUAGAGAUAAACGAGAAUUCUCGGUUUCUUGAGGACUUGGAAAUGCUCAGCACCAUCCCAGGUGAGCAACUACCCAGUUCAGCGGAUGAAACAAGUCCAGAUAAUAACUCACUGGACAGAUUGGGUAGCUUCAAGUUCGGGGGCUGUAACCCAUUGGAGCAGCUUGGCCUGUUCAUGAAAGCUGAUGACGAGGAAGAGGAACCCGAGCCUCCGGCAUUCUCGAAUCCGGGGAACGAUGUCGAGGAAGGAGAAAUCGAUUAAGCAAUCGCCAUGGAAGCUGUCUCCUAUUUCUGCUACCUGUGGUAUAUAAUAGAAUCUGGACUCUGCUGGGCGAGGACAGCAUCUCGGUUUCAUCAAAAUACCCUUAAAAAAAGCCAAAAAAAAAAAAAAUGAGAGAA